UCCUGCCAGUAAAAUGUCCUCUGUGAAAACGUUAGUGGUAGUGUCCGUUAUUUAUGUUGUAUUCAAAGUUGCUGAAUCCACUACUUAUCAGACACACGUCUGUCUCCGCCCCGGAACUGACGUCAUUGUACAACUUUUUGAGUGGAAAUGGGACGAUAUUGCCAAGGAGUGCGAGAAUUUCCUAGGUCCCAAACACUUCUGUGCUGUUCAGGUGUCGCCUCCAAAUGAAAACCGCAUAAUUGUAAACAGUACCCAUAAUCGUCCUUGGUUAGAAAGAUAUGAACCUGUUUCUUACAAGAUAGAAACUAGGAGUGGAAAUGAAAGCCAAUUUCGCGACAUGGUCAGGAGAUGUAACAACGUACAAGUCAGUGUAUAUGCUGACAUAGUCAUUAAUCACAUGACUGAUGUUCAUCACCAUGGUUACGGUACCGGACACUCGGUUUACCACGGAGAACAGCGAACCUACCCGACUGUUCCCUAUGGCGGAUGGGAUUUUCACGACUCACUUCAUUGCCAUACAAAAGAUCUAAACAUAGAAACCUAUUCCAGUUCAGAGGAAGUUCGGAACUGUCAAUUAGAGGGAAAGGCAGACAUUAACCAUGGAAAACCCUUUGUUCAGGAUUCAAUUGUCGAUUUUCUAAAUAAAUUGAUAGAUCUCGGAGUUUCGGGAUUUCGAAUCAGCAGUGCAAAAUACAUGUGGCCCGAGCAACUCAAUUCAAUUUUUGACAGACUGAAGGAUGUAAAUUCGGUAAAUGGCAAUAUGGUUCGACCUUUCCUGUACCACGAAUUUGAUGACAAACCGGGAGACGCUGUAAAGAUGUCUGAAUAUUUCAGUAUAGGCAAAGUAGAGUAUGAAAACUACGGGGUUACUAUAACAGAUCUGAUAAGAAAUCGCAGUUUGAAGACUUUCCAUUCGAACUGGGGAACAUCACGUGGAAUGCCGUCUCCAAGCAACGUAGUGACGUUCAUUGAUGAUCAAUUAAAACAAAGAGAUAUUACACACCCAGUAUUUACUCAAUCUGACCGGAGAAUGUACGAGGUCCUCAAUGUCCUACUGCUGGCCUAUCCUUACGGAAUCCCACGUGUGUUUAGUGGAUACUCGUAUAGGAAUGUUUGGGAUGGGCCCCCUCACAACAGAGAUAUGACGACGGCAGAUGUCAUUGUAAACGCCAAUGGAGAUUGCACAGGAGGAUGGACAUGUGAACAUCGACUGAAUGCAUUGUAUAAAAUGGUAAAAUUCAGAGAAGCUGUCAAUGGGACUAGUGUUCACAACUGGUGGUCAAACAAUGCAAAUCAGAUUGCCUUUUCCCUUGGAUCUAAAGGUUUCGUGGCAAUAAAUGCUGAAUCGAGCUAUAACCUUGACGCUUAUUUACAGACAGGCCUUCGGGGAGGCACAUAUUGUGAUGUCAUAUCCGGUAGUCAUAACUUUUGCUCAGGAAUACGAAUAGCAGUACGUUCGGAUGGAAAGGCUCGAAUAACAAUUCCUCAGAAUGCUCACUCUGCUGUGAUAGCUAUUCACGCCAAUGCAAUGUAUACUGGGAAAUGACAAAAAAGGAUAAGGAAAUCAUUUGUGAAAGGAAUUGGUGGAGAGUAACACAAUUUCACUAUACUGUACAAAUUGCUACUGAACAGUAAAAAGUUAAAUUAAAAACA